GGCGGAAACAGGCGAGGCGGCCUGCACCGCUGCCCCCCGCCGCGCUAAAGGCGCAGAGCGCGACGCCGAGGGCUUGUUUCCCGCCGGACAAGUUAACCGCGGCACGGGCCGCCUCCGCGGACGGGCUGGUGGUGCGGGGCAGUGCUAAGAAAGUAAUUUCAAAGCCAGUCAGACUAUGGCCUUUGAAAGGAUAAUGCAGAAGGACUGGUACAAAAUCCUGGGUGCAGAGCCAUCGGACAGUCCAGCAGAACUGAAACGGAAGUACCAAAAACUUGCUUUAUUAUAUCAUCCAGACAAACAGAAGGCAGAUGUGCCAGCAGGAGAAGUGGAGGAGCGCGUGCAGAGGUUCAUCGAAAUUGAUCAAGCGUGGAAAAUUCUAGGGAACGAAGAGACAAAAAAAGAGUAUGACCUGCAGCAGCGUGAAGAUAAUCUGACAAAAGAAUGGCCGGUACACGCCCAAAUUUAUCUUGAAGAUAUGACCUGGAAUGAAGAUGAACAACGUUAUACUCUCUCAUGUCGAUGUGGUGGGAAUUACGCUGUCUCCCAGAGUGAAACCAAAGACGUAUCUUUGGUUUGUUGUGACACAUGUUCACUUGUUAUCGAGAUCCUUCAAUGAUUGUUUCAAUCAAGCACACUAAGAGUUACAAACUUUCUAAUUAAAACAACUGGACAAGCAGGGGACAGCAUCUGCUAGAGAAACGUAUGUUAAAGGAAAGGGGGCACUACAGGAACAAGUUCGGUCGGGCUUAAGAAAGGAAAUGUGCCCGUUUGCUAACAUUGCUCUGCAGACAUAAGGCUUGGGGUUUUUUCCCUUCCACAGCUAGUUAUUAAAAACCUCCAGAACAGAACACUUAAGUUCUGUACAACUGGAAUAUAUCUCAUGAUCUAAAUGACAUUUCUUGCCCAGCAAACAACAGAGUAGCUUCUUUCAUUCUCAGUCUAUAUCAUCUAUACAUUGGGCCCUACCUCUUAGGUUAAAUCCUUUCAACAGCUCAGAUGACAAAAUUUAAUCAGGAGGCAUACAUGUGAGAAUGCUUUGAAGAUAAUGAAGAGUAGGGUGCCUUAAUGGGAAACAGGAACAUUUUCUAUCUCUAUGCUAAAUAUUUAACUUCAUUAAAUCCUCACAAGGACUGGAGCCUUGGCAAGAAGUGGCAGAGAUUCGCAGAUCUAACAGGCUCAUUUCUAAGUAGCAAGUCCAGUGCAUAGGCACCGUAAUAGUGCAUCUAUCUUAAGUUUUGCAGAAACACUUUUUAAAUUUACUCUCUCCAUCAUCUGAGCAAAUGCAGUCUUCAUUCCUUAGAUCAAAAUUAACCAGGCUGCUGUGCUCCAGCCCCUACUAGGCAUACAGUCCACUGGGCCAAACUAGAGCCAGUUUAAGGAGAACCCUACAAAACACAAGUGACUAGCAGAUCCAGCACCCCACUGUUACUGUUUUCAGUUCCAGUCCUAGCAUGCCACACUGCCCACAUUGGUAAGUACAGCCUACAUGUGGCUCUGAAUGUGUGACAACAUAGUAGUGCAUUGCGCCUUCUUCAUCCCUUGUUAAAUGCGCACCUUGGCUUGUAGUAAAACCCAAAACCUUUUAAUAAAUCCAAGCACUGUGAACAGCCAGAGGAAACAGAGUAAUAGGCGCCUCAUUUUUGUAGAUGACAGCAGUAUAUCCCACUUUCAAGUUAGGUGUAAUCUCAGAAACAGACAUCUUUGUCAAGUAAUACUUCUGUUUAUUCUAAAUAAAAAUAGUUCCAUUGGUUUUAGUAGAAAAUGUUAUGAAAGCUGGCAAUAGUCACCUAAAUCGUUCAAUCAUCAAGAAAUCUAUGGCCAUUGGGGCUUGCACGUAGAAAUCCAAAGUCAUUCAGAGGCCAUAUCUGUAAAAUAAAGUACAGUUACCAGAGAUUUUAAUCACAACUCAAAGUUUAGUAUUUUCAUUUGUUAAUGCAAUUGUUUCAUAAACUGCAUAAUUUUUUAGCUCUUUGGUUGACAGGGUACAUGAACUUUUCUCACCUCUGUGUUUCUUUUACUAGGAGUAAUAAAUUCUAGAUAUUGGAGAAAUCAUCAUUCUCCAACAAAGUGGCCGGAGACAACACUAAUUUAUAUACAGCAUGCUUUGCUAUGGAGAGCCUCAAAAAUUACAUACAUUUUUUUUCCAGCCUUGGAAAUAAAUGCAUUCCUAGAAAAUAUCUUUCAAAUUCCAAGUUUUCUAGCUUGUAAACUUCUUAACUUAAAAGACAAAGUAUGUAUUUUUAAUCCAUCUCAGAGAAGAAAGAAUACCACGAACAUUACCUCCCACUGAAAGAAGUUACAUGAGGUGUACAUUUGUGUUUUCAAGAUGGGCAUUUGAACUACAAACACCAAACCUUGGAAAAAAAAUAUCUAUAGGCUUAUAGGUAAGCUUAUACCAUGCAAAUAGGCAUAAAGGGGUGGAGCGUCUGCCACCAGCUGGGGCUCUCAGCCAAGCAGCUCCUCCACAGAAAAGGAAGGAGCACAGAUCAUGACCAGGUACAAGCACAAGUGUCAGAGAAUGAUGUUCACCAGUAAGAAAAAAUUUUCUCUCCAGAAAUUAACUAUAUAGCUGUUCAUACUACUGAAUGCUCCCAGGAAUACUUUGCUGUGAACAUUCACUUAAUUACAUGUAGGCUGGUCUUGGAUGCCAAAAAAAAAAAGUAACAGGGAAUCAAGGACAUUCUUUUACACUUUGUCCUUUGUCUCCCUUGACUGCCUGUGUCUCUUCACAACACAUUCUUUCAAAGAUGGCACAAGGGGAUCAGCAGGAAGAAGAGAAAGAGAUGAUGUUGAAGAGCAAAUGCCCUCUGUGGCUCUAAUCCCCUAAAAAUCUCACAGCCCCUGCUGAAGAGGGAGCCACCUAGAAGAGAAAUGAUGCACUACCUUGUUCCCAAAGCAUCUGCCAGUAUGAUGUUUAUCUUCCUCGUUUUUCCUUAGAAUUUGAUCUCAAGGAAGGUAUGAAGUCACCUUCCAGGAACAGCAAUUACUACUCUCUAACUGAGCUCAUGGAACAGCCACAGCACAGAAGGAGCCUUUGCUGCUUUCUGUGUGGAGUGAAAAAGUAAUUUUCUCAGUUUCAAGAAGGAAGCAUAGUGCCAAGGUCCAAUAUUUCAAAGCCCAUGACUUGUCCCCAGCACUGAAGACAAGGACAGAAGAGGCACAGGCAGUUAAGGAUGGGCCUAGCAAGACACAGCAUCAACGUACUGCUAGACUAGGACCAUACGCUGCUAGAAGCUCCCUAGACUUGCCUCUGCCAGGCCUCCUGGCAGCACUGUGCUGAGCUGCCGUAGUGGGAUUGUGCCCGGGCCCUUGGGAAGACAGAAGGAUGAGCCAUUCCCAGGACCUCAAGUUCUGUGGAUGUGAAAAAGGCUCAAAGCUCUCUUACGCAAGUAUCUUGGAAAAUACAUGUCUCUUUUGGCACCUGCAGUUAGGGAAGAGCGUGAGGAACAUCUGCUGAUACACAGAAGAGGUAACGUCCUAUCUCUGUGUGUCAUUAGCCAGCAAGCGAUUUUAAGUUCCACGCAAAUACGUAGAGAUGAACCAACAACAGAAGGAUAUCUGUGAUCUUGGUUAGAAGUAAAGCUACAGAAUUCAAGGCUCUCCAGAGGGCCUGUGCUGACUGCAGGCUGGGUGUCAAGUCUUUGUUUGGCCUCAAAGGCAAACGGGAGUAGAAGGGAAUAGGAGUACCCCAUGUUACAAAUCCGAGCUGAGCAAAGGCCUGGAGAAGGAAGUUUCUUAGGCCAUUCACUAUAGCACAAAUCUCAUUUCAAGCAACUGAAAUCAUACCUAUCGCAACUUGACUGUCUUUCAGUGGAAGUAACAACUUUGUUUUAAAUAUUGUUUUGACAAUUUAGUUUCAAAUUCAUCACUGUAAUCUCAGUGGAAGCGUCAGAAUGAAAAUGAUGUUUUAUCUAAUCUGUCUGCAGGAAAGAAUGUGAGAAACAAUACUCAUGGUUGGAAACAAGAUGGAACAAGCCCUCUCUGUGAAACAAAGGCACGCCACUGUGUGUAGGAAUUCCCAAGUCUUUUAAAGUUAUGACAGAAGUUGACUGUGACUUGUUCGUUCAGACUGGCUAUUCCAAUUAGCAGCUACUUCCCCUUGCCCUCCUCGGUUUGGCCUACAUAGAUUUGAUCUGAUGGAUGGGGGAUAAACGGGGCUAACUAGCUCUUUUGAAGAUAUGCUACAGGUCUAGUUUUGACAUGGAGCCUAAGUCUGGGGGACGCACAGGAUAUCCUACCUAGGACGGGAUGAAGCACGAGUUCUGUCAAAAUGGGAUUCCCUAGGCUUUUACUGAGUUUGCAGCUACUUUGAGUUCAGUGGCUUUUUUACGGAUUGAGCUUGUCUCGCGGAGUGGCAGCUGAUACGGUAGCAGGGAGAAAAAGGGCAAAUAUAAUCAUGUAUCUUUAUUUCUGUAUGGGUUAAAAACUGGUACACCAACACUGACUGAGAACCUUAGGUCUAAACUUCACAGAUAAGCUACAGAGAGAAUUAACGUCUCUGUUUUGCCAGCAAUAGGUUGCCUAAACAAACAUGGUGCAAGCUCACUCUCUUCUGUUGAAAUCCAUUACUUCCAAAUAAUUUGGGGGUUUGCAUCCAUUAUUAAAAAUGUAACAGCAUUGAAAGGCACUGUCACAUCUGCUUUUUCAAAAUCCACUUUAAGAUAAAGCCACAUAAGCUUCCAUUAUCAAGGUAGUAAAAGAUUUUUCCGUGAAAGACAAGCCAAGGCCCUAGCAGACUACAUCACAAAGCAUACGUAGGUUUCUUGGCCAGUGGUCUAACUAAUUAGCCACCACCAUGCGGACUGGCUGUAUUCUGCUGUCUUUCACCGUAAUGUUCAACGGCAACACACAAUAGCAAGAUCACUGUAUUCUAAUGUGAAUUACCGUAAACAACCCAAACUGUAAACACUCAUUUGAAGAAUAAACCCAUUUUUGCUUUUGUUAGGCACCAUAUACUUAAAUCUCAUUAAAAUGUUAAUAAUCACUACUCUACGCACCAUCAUAAAACAACUGCUGUAAAAUUUGGUUGAAUAAUUAUUUUGAUUAAGUAUCAAGUGAUUGUAUACUAUCUUUUUAAACAGACAAUAUUCUGGAGUCCUAAAGUACUUCUUUCCAUAUGUAGUAUCUGUGUGUAAAUUCUAUUCAUUUUACAGAGUUUACUGCUUGCUAAAUUGAGGGUUCAGCCCUCUCAGUUACUUCAUUAAAGUCUCUCAAACACCUUC